AGAAUUAUUUCCGGUAGAAGGAGACAAGGAAAGAGAAUAUGCUUGGUCUCCAUGCUCGUACUUGUUGCAAUCGUUUCCCAUGUUGGCGUCAUCUUUGCACCGACGUUCGCUCUGAUGCCUUUGACAGGGGCGAGUUGUCAAUCACGAACCACGAAAAAAUUCUGCAAAAGCCAAGAUGAGGAGAAUGACGGYGAUUGUGGCGCACCCGAGAACGAAAGCGAUCCCAGGAGCGAGUCGAAUUUUAUCGAUGGCUCUGGCACGGAGCUGAACAUGAAUGAAUUCCAACAACGGAAACGGAAGCUUGCGCUCCGGAGUCGUCAGCAACGUUGGCACCAACCRCCGAAUCCCUUUCUCGAGGAUCCCAUAGAAUUUGUGCAAGCUAUUUUGGGAACWUUUCAGCAAACCAAUCGAAAUAACAACGACAGCGCCGCUCUCUGCUUGCUCAGAUCCUCGACGCCGUCGUGGAGAAGGCUCUUGCUGAAAUCCGUCGGUGCACCACCAGAUGCCACGAUCGACCAAGUAGCUCCCACGCUCCAAAAUGCGCUGGAACGAUCGAACAACCAAUUUGCCAUCCUUACGAAGAAAAUCCAAGAGGAAAUAGAAUUCGAAGGCGAUGACGARGAUCCGAGCCUGAGGAUAGCCUCGAUUCAGAAGUGCUGGAACUUCCCCACGGAUCCARUUAUUUUCGAAGGCGACGAUGACAACGAGGACGAUAUAGAAGGCAAUGGAAGGAUCGUCGUUGACAAAUGUUGGAUAGAAAGUCGUCUUCGUUCGCCGAAAGAGGACGAAUUGUUGGCCGUUGUUGGGUGGUCUCUACAACGGCGACGGCCCAGAUUACAGGAACGUCAACCCGACCAGCACAUCGAUGAUGUCCAUGUCGAUUCAAAUGAAUUAAUAAAUUGUUGGUUGUUAGAUGGAGUAGACUGGCAAGACUUCCGGGAGGACUUUCGACCAGGUAUUGGGCGAGAAGAAUGGGAGAGGAUUUGUGGGUGAAAGUGACAAAUAUGUGGCUCUAUAAAAAGCGUUAAGAGGA